AUGCUCUGCGAGUCGGGCGUGCUGCUGCUCGCCUCCGCCACUGCGAGCGGCUGCCUCUGGAUGAUGCCCAUGCGGCUUCCGGACAAGCUUCCCGACGGCGUGCUAGAGAGCUGGAACCAGACCUUCGCGCCGGGCGAGGAGCAGCUAACCCUCCGUUGCCAGCUGCCGAUCCUGCCGCUUGCCGCCGAGGCCCCACCGUCAUAA